AGCUGGCUUGCACUCUAGUUUUGCAGUAUAUCAAGGGCGAUGCUGCAUCCGUCCUUCAUCUUUUCAACUUCCCCUUUCUCCCAUCAACCAAACCUCCUUUCCAACCUUGAACACCUGAUACCACUCUCGGCCUCCGUCUUUCCAAUCUCUCCCUUCCACGCCUCUACCCAUCCUGCUCGGGUUGCCGUUCAGCACUAAACCUGGUGCCACGCCAACCUAUCUACUACCACCGCACCUUUGCGACAUCACGCUCCCGCCUUUCUCGCCUCCCACACUCACGAACAACAUGGCAUCGGUUCUUGGCGAGGUCCCGACCAUCGUCGCCUUCGCGGCCAAAUGCCUAACCUGUGCCUGGAACUAUGGCUAUGCCUUUCACAGGGCCGAAAGGGAUCAGCUGGUCUACAAGGACUGCGCGAGAGCACUGGGCGACACACUUCUCUACCUGCGGAUUCUUCGAACCGAGGCCCGGCACGCCCUCAAUUACCGGGCGGGGUACUUCAAGAGGAUCUUGGAUGCAGAGCGCCGCCUUUACGCGACGACUGCGAAAGCAAACCGGAAGGUGGGAACGAUCAUCAAGGAGGAUACCCUUAUAGCCCGGCUGCGGUGGGCCAGUGGCGUCCGGCCCAAUGCGGCGGCUGCCAUGGCUAUGAUCGACGAGGCGGUUAGAGAUGUCCGCGAAGAGUUUGAAGAUGAGUUCGCGGGACUCGAUGAUAUGUCGGAGGAGGAUUGGGAGCGGAUGAAUGCCACGUCACGAGUCCUGGAGCAGACGAUGGUGGCAUUCAACAGCUCCAAGUAGGACUCGCUGCCAGUCCAUCCCCACCACCACCACCAACCAGAGCAACGGCAGCGAUGGAGAUGGGAGCGACGAGGAUCUCUACAGCGAACAGGAGUUCGACAUGGGCCAGGAAAGCAGCAGCCUUACUUGGCAUGAGCCACUGCUGGCGGGAUUUUUUUUUUACUUUUUGCUUUUUUGUCUUCUUUCCCCUCUUUUCCCUCCGUUUUUUUCUCUUUAUUUCUUUAUCUUUUCCUUCGUCUUUUCCUCCUAUAAUGUUCGUCCUACCUUUUGAGAUUGCUCUCCCAUCACGCCGUUUUACAUUUGCCUUCCGUUGGUCCCCUCUUUCCUUUUUCCUUUCCUUCCGCUCUUUCUCGUCUCUCUUUUGUACCAUGUGCAUUUGGAUUACACGUCGGGUCGUCUUUCACGUUUGGAUUCAAAUGAAAAUAUUAGGCAGAGUGAUCCCGGAAAUAAAAUCCAAAAACCAACUUUGCGCUUCCCAAUCCCCAUUCUCGU